AUGAGUAUUGGGUACUGUGGAAUUGCUGUCCAUAUACCCAGAGAUGCCUUUUAUCUUAAUACAGAGGUUUUAGCCGAUAUUUGUAUGCAUCUGGAUUUACUUCAUCACUACAAACCUUUGAUCAUUCCACAAACAUUUAUGGAUGCCAGUGGCGAGCACGGUACUAUUGAAGGACGAGGAACAUUGAAAAUGGCUACAGAAGAUGGUGAUGUGAUUAGGGUCCCAAAUGUUGCCCACGUCCCAGAAUGGAAAGAUAACGAGCUCAACCCUUUACACAUUGCAUGUUUUCAAGAUGACGAAGUUUACGAGGAUGACAACAAGGUGAUCCAUAGGAGCCUAGGUAAGAUUGCCUACAUUGAUGCUUUCGGCAGAUAUAGAUUGUCAUUAAAGAUCAUCCCUCAGGAGUGUCCAUCCACCGACUUGAACGCGGUUUAUUUCUCAACAACAGCUCGCGAGAAGAUUUGUCGUGACUGGACUUUGCUUCAUGACUAUAAGCCAUAUGCUGAAGAACAAAUAGAAGGCAGUUUAGUCGGGGGAACAACAAGAAUUGCUGGAACUGGAACCUUGAAGAUGACGGAUGGUAAUAAUAGGAUCUUUAGUUUUACGAAUGUCGCGUACAUCCCAGAGUCUAAAAUAAAUAUGAUUAAUCCUCAUCAAUUUUUACUUAGUGAGACUGACACUCUUUCCAUCGAUGCUGUUGGAAUUAGUCACUCACGUAUUGGAAGGAUUGGAGUAUAUGAAGGUUCUCCUAGAUGGUUACUUAGAUCAACGUUAAGUGUCAUUCGUCCAGACAACCAUGCCGAUUAUGGGAAGUAUAAGGUUGGAUAG